AUGGUGUUCGAUCCAGCCAUGCAGUUGGUUGGAGCAGUGUGUGGGCGAGGGACUGUCGCGACGACAGCAUCUGCCUUUGCAGAAUGCUGCUGUGCUGUUGCGUACAUAUGUGGUGUGGGGCUGGGCUUACCGGUCCAAAGUUUUUGGAAUGGAAACGCAAUCCUGGGAUAUGUCCUAGACGCGAAGGAGUAUAAGUUUGUGCUUACUACUCCAGCUCCUGCGAACCCAACUGCUCGAUCUUCCGAUGAGCAAAGGGAGGUUCACAAGCGAUGGCAUAGUGCGAAUAAUAUGGCGAAAGCCUACAUAAUGACCACUAUGUCUUCCGCAUUGCAGUUGCAACAUCAAUCGAUGGAGACUGCAGCUUCAAUAAUGAAAAACCUUGAGGAUCUCUUUGGGGAAUCAGAUCGGUCAGUCCGUUUUGAAAUCAUGAGGAAGCUCAUGUCUUCAAAGAUGUUAGAGGGUUCUUCUGUGCGCGAGCAUGUGCUCGGAAUGAUUCAUCAUUUCAAUGAGCUAGAUCUUCUUGGUGGAGGUAUCGCGAAUGAUACUAAGGUUGACAUGGUCAUCUACACUCUGCCCAAAUUCUAUGAGAACUUCUGA